AACUACACCGGAAGUACUGCUUGGGUCCUUGAGACCAAGUACAGCGAAAGUCGAGCAGGAAGAUGGCUUAUAGGCUCCUAGUACGCAGGAUUUGGACGCUCUCUGCAAAAGAGAUCCGCUGCCUCCCAGCAUCCUCUGCUGCUGUCGCCUCCACUUCCUUUUCCACCUCCCUGCAGCCUUCAACAGCCCGGGUCUCCUUCCUCUCCGCCUCACACACUCUGCAUCGUGCUCUUCCUCACGCCUCCCGUCGGCAUGUCUCCUUCAAUGUUCAGGACAAUGAGGAUUUCACAGAGAGGGUCGUCAAGAGUCAACUGCCAGUGCUGAUUGACUUUCAUGCACAGUGGUGCGGUCCUUGUAAAAUUCUUGGCCCAAGGUUGGAGAAGGCUGUUGCAAAACAAAAAGGCCGUGUUGCCAUGGCAAAAGUAGACAUUGACGAUCACACAGACCUGGCUAUUGAAUAUGGGGUGUCUGCCGUUCCAACAGUUAUCGCGAUGAGAGGAGGCGAUGUUGUCGACCAUUUCGUGGGGAUCAAAGAUGAUGAUGAACUGGACUCAUUUGUCAGCAAGAUCAUUGGGAAAUAAACCAGCUUUCCCAGGCCUGUCACUUCACCACCACCAUCACUGUGCCGUUUUCAAUGAUUCUGGCGUUCCCAUUUAGAGUCUGUUGAGCAUCAAGACCUCGACAACAGCCAAGCUGUGUCCGUGCUCACACCCAUCCCUAGUGUCACUGCUUUUGCCGUGUACUGUCUCGUCUGUCUCUCUGUUUCUUGUUUUAGUAAUGGGUGUGGACCUCCAUUGACCUUGGAAGUAAAUUCUGUGCACCUUCCUCAAGCACUUACUGUCGUUAGUGACAGCUCCAACAGCUUUAUUCAAACCUUUACAGGCGGUGUGUUACGUGUAAUAGUUGUUCAUAGGAGAAAAUACACCACAGUACUGAGCUUAUAUUGUGGACUAUGAGGGAUGAACAUUUAAAGUUUUAGUAGUAAAGAGGAUUUAACUUAAAACCUGAGAACUGAAUGAGGUAUGUUAGUGUUAACUGUAGUUUCUGCUUUCGUCCACGCGAGGGUAGCGUUUCUCUUACAUGACCAAACCACACAAAUGAUCGUUUUACACCAAUAUGCCUAGUAAUGUGAUUGAAAAUGCGAGUUUGUGCAUGUGCACCUUUGGGUCCUGACUGUGAAACUUGCAAGAUGCAGGAAUUGCAAAGAAUUUGCUUUCAUUUAUUACUGAAAUGAACGCUGUACUGAAAACAACCACAUGAAGUAAUAAAGAAAUCAAAAUGUUUUGCA